AUGUCACUCCUGGCAGCUCACCUAGCCAGCCUGCAGCUCUCCCUCUCCUGCUGCUGGGCCCUCAGCUGCCACAACACAGAGCUGUCUCCCGACUUCAGCCACCCUGGGGAUUACCUCAUCGCAGGUCUGUUCCCUGUGCACUCUCACUGUCCAGGGGUGAGACGCAGGCCCACAGUGACUCUCUGUGACAGUUAACUUGGCUUUUUCCACAGACGCAACAGCUUCAACGGCCAUGGCUACCACCUCUUCCAGGCCAUGAGGUGCAUUGAGGAGAUCAACAAUUCCACGACCCUGCUGCCUAACGUCACCCUGGGGUACCAGCUGUAUGACGUGUGCUCAGAGUCAGCCAAGGUGUAUGCCACACUAAAUGUGCUCUCCACACUGGGGACGCAUCACAUCGAGAUCCAAGCAAACCCUGCCCACUACUCCCCUGCUGCCCUGGUGGUGAUUGGACCCGACACCACCAACCAUGCUGCCACCACUGCAGCCCUGCUGAGCCCCUUUCUGGUGCCCCUGAUCAGCUACGAGGCCAGCAGUGUGAUGCUCGGAGUGAAGCGGUAUUACGCCUCCUUUCUGCGCACCAUCCCCAGCGAUAAGCACCAGGUGGAGAUCAUAGUGCUGCUGCUGCAGAGGUUUGGGUGGGUCUGGAUCUCACUGAUGGGCAGUGACGGUCACUACGGGCAGCUGGGGGUGCAGGCACUGGAGGAGCAGGCCACCCAGCAGGGCAUCUGCAUUGCCUUCAAGGACAUCAUACCCUUCUCUGCCCGCCCGAGGAAUGAGAGGAUGCAGAGCAUGAUGCACCACCUGGCCCGAGCGAGGACCACUGUGGUGGUCAUUUUCUCCAGCAGGCAGCUGGCCAGGGUGUUCUUCGAGUCCGUGGUGCUGGCCAACCUGACUGCCAAGGUGUGGAUCGCCUCAGAGGACUGGGCCAUCUCCAGACACAUCAGCAGCGUGCCCGGGAUUGGCACAGUGCUGGGUGUGGCCAUCCAGCAGCGGCUUGUUCCUGGCCUGAAGGAGUUUGAAGAGGCCUAUGUCCAGGCAGAUAAGGGGGCCCAUGGGCCUUGCUCCAGGGGCUCCUGGUGCAGCAGCAACCAACUCUGCAGAGAGUGUCGGGCUUUCACGACACAGCAGAUGCCCACGCUCGGAGCCUUCUCCAUGAGCUCUGCCUACAACACCUACCGGGCUGUCUACGCAGUGGCCCAUGGCCUCCACCAGCUCCCGGGCUGUGCCUCCGGAGCCUGUUCCAGAGACCGAGUCUACCCCUGGCAGCUUCUGGAGCAGAUCCGCAAAGUGAAUUUCCUUCUACAGGGGGAUACUGUGAUAUUUAAUGACAAUGGGGACCCCCUCAGCAGCUAUGACAUAAUUGCCUGGGACUGGAGUGGCCCCAAGUGGAGCUUCAGGGUCAUCGGCUCCUCCACGUGGCCUCCAGUUCAGUCGGACGUAAAUAAAACCAAAAUCCGGUGGCACGGGAAGGACAACCAGGUGCCCGAGUCUGUGUGCUCCAGCGACUGUCUUGAAGGACACCAGCAAGUCAUUGUGGGUUUCCAUCACUGUUGCUUUGAGUGUGUGCCCUGUGAGGCCGGGACCUUCCUCAACAAGAGUGAUCUCCACAGCUGCCAGCCUUGUGGGAAAGAAGAAUGGGCACCCGAGGGAAGCGAAACCUGCUUCCCACGCACCGCGGUGUUUUUGACUUGGCAUGACCCUAUCUCUUGGGUGCUGUUGGCAGCUAAUACGUUGCUGCUGCUGCUGCUGGCUGGCACUGCUGGCCUGUUUGCCUGGCACUUAGACACCCCCGUGGUGAGGUCAACUGGGGGCAGGCUGUGCUUCUUCAUGCUGGGCUCCCUGGCAGGGGGCAGCAGUGGGCUCUGUGGCUUUUUUGGGGAGCCCACCCUGCCCACAUGCUUCCUCUUUGCCCUCGGUUUUGCCAUCUUCCUGUCCUGCCUGACAACCCGCUCCUUCCAGCUGGUCUUCAUCUUCAAGUUUUCUGCCAAGGUACCCACCUUCUACCAUGCCUGGGUCCAAAACCAUGGUCCCAGAGUAUUUGUGGUCAUCAGCUCAAUGGCCCAGCUGCUCAUCUGUCUAACUUGGCUUAUGGUGUGGACCCCACUGCCCACCAGGGAAUACCAGCGCUUCCCUCAGCUGGUGGUGCUUGAUUGCACAGAGGCCAACUCCCUGGGCUUCAUGUUGGUUUUCGCCUACAACGGCCUCUUGUCCGCCAGCGCCUCUGGCUGCAGCUACCUGGGCAAGGACCUGCCAGAGAACUACAACGAGGCCAAAUCCGUCACCUUCAGUCUGCUCCUCAACUUCGUGUCCUGGAUUGGCUUCUUCACCACGGCCAGCGUCUACCAGGGCAAGGACCUGCCCGCGGUCAACGUGCUGGCGGCACUGAACAGCCUGAGCGGCGGCUUCAGCGGGUAUUUCCUCCCCAAGUGCUACGUGAUCCUGUGCCGCCCAGAUCUCAACAGCACCGAGCACUUCCAGGCCUCCAUCCAGGACUACACGAGGCGCUGCGGCUCCACCGGACCGCUGAGGCGGGCAGGGCCACGCCCGGGGGUGGGGGGCGGGUCUGACACCUCCUCUGCCCCAAGGGUCGAGGGUCGAGGGUCGAGGGUCGAGGGUCGAGCGAGGCGCGCGCGCCCUGCGCUGUCCGGGAGGCCUUUGGACUCCUCAGCCUUGGCUCGGACAGUGUAAGCUCACGGGAGUCCAGCCCGGCCUCCGGGCUGCCAAUAAAGCGGUGAAAUGUGCGUCCUGGCUGCGCUUGCUGUCUGGGACGAGGGUGGGGCGCUACCUCCUCCAGGCUGAGGGCGCCGCGGGGUCAACCGCAGCCGGAACCCGGGGACCCGGCCCAGCGGGGAAAGAG